AUGCCGACUCUAUCACAGAAAGGCUCUGUUGAUGGAGUGGAGGUAAGCAGGUUGGAAAACAUCGACUACGUCAAUACUAUUGAGCAAGAGAAGGAGAAGGCAAAGCGAGACAGCGAUGCCGAUUCCGUCAACUCCGCCGCCCUGGGUGACGAUAUUCCUCCUGGUUACUUCUACUCUCCUCGUUUCCUAGGCUGCCUAUUAGCUUUCUGUCUCUCGGCCAUCAGUGCCUACCUAUUCCUCAUCCUUCCGACAAAUAUCCUUACCUAUAUCAACGAGGAUAUCGGUCCUAGCAGCUACAUAUCAUGGUUCAACAUUGCACGAACACUCUCCCUCUCGUUCACCUACACUAUUCUCGGUCGACUCUCCGAUCUUUUCGGCAGAAGAUGGUUCUUCAUCGGUGGUAAUAUCGUUGCUUUGGUGGGGAUUAUCGUCUGUGCAUUCGCGAAGAAUGUCGACUCUCUCAUCGUUGGCGCUGCCAUCUACGGGCUGGGAGAAACAGUUCAGCUGUCUUUCAAUGUAGCUAUUGGCGAGCUUGUUCCUAACAAGUAUCGACCAAUGGUUCUUUCAUUCAUCUUCUUGACCAAUGCUCCUAUCGCGACUUUUGGGCCCAUCAUCGCACGAAAAUUCAUCGAACACACGAACCUAGGCUGGCGCUGGUGUUUCUAUAUCAACAUCAUCGAUGUCGGUCUUACCAUCAUCCUCCUCUACUUCUUCUAUCACCCACCAACCUUUGAGCUCCUCCACGAACGCACGACUAAGAAGCAGCUCCUAAAAGAUCUCGACUAUCUCGGCAUCUUCCUCUGGACUGCUGGCCUGACCAUCUUCCUCAUGGGUAUCUCAUGGGGCGGCAACAUGUAUCCUUGGAAGAGCGCUGCCACCAUCUCCUCCAUCGUCAUCGGCGUAGUCCUCCUCGUUGCGAUGUUCGUCUGGGAGAGCUACGCUGAUCUCAAGUAUCCCGCCAUCCCCGUCAAGUUCUUCCGCAACCGCGGUUUCGUCAGCCUGGUCACCAUGGCCACCGUGGCGAGCAUGUUCUACUACUCGGCCGUGCUGCUCUGGCCGCAACAAGUCCAAGCCCUCUUCACCAAGGACGUGACAUACGCAGGCUGGCUCUCAUGCACCGUGGCCUCGAGCACAGCCCUCGGUCAAGUCUGUGCCGGCGCCAUCGUUCGCUGGGGAGGAAACGUCCGCUACUGGCUCAUCUUUUCCACCUUUGCCAUGGUGGGCUUCGUGUCUGCCCUGGCUUCGCUGACGCCUGCGGAUAAGAACACUGGCAUUGCUUUGACCAUCCUGGGCCCCUUCUUCGUCGGCUUCAUUGAGCUUGCGUCUCUCGCCCUGGCGCCGUUAUUCUGUGCUGCCCAGGACAUUGGUCUCGCCUCUGGGCUGCUUGCAUCGAUCCGAUCUGCAGGAGGAUCUAUUGCGGUUACUGUGUAUAGCACCAUCCUCACCAACCGCCUUUCCAGCACCAUCCCUGAGAUUGUUGUUCCUGCGGCCGAACAAGCUGGUCUGGAUCCGUCCCAAGUAUCCAGCCUGCUCAAGGCAGUCACGGCAAAGAAUCUCUCGGGCUUCUCAUCGGCCAUUCAGGCGGCUGUGUCGGGGGCGCUUCCUUCAGCAUACGCUGCCGCUUUCAAGACUGUCUAUCUUGCUAGUUUGGGAUUUGGAGGUAUCGCGAUCGUUGGGUGUUUGUUCUCCAAGGACGCUAAGGAGCACUUGACUGAUAAGGUGGAGAGGAAGAUGGGUGAUGCCAACGUUAAGAAGACCCAGAAGGAUAUGGCUGUGUGA